AUGCGAGAGAAAGAACGUUUAACCAGGGAAUGUCUAAUUCCAUAUUCUGAACUACAGAAUAUAAAAGAAUUAAAAAGUAAUGAAGAUAUGAGAAGUUUAGAAGCAAAUAAAAGUUUAAAAAGUUUACAAAGUAGCCAAUCUGGCAGUACAAAAUUAACAAGUAUGGAUGAUAAAAAAUUGGAAACAGAAAAUUAUGCACAUUUUUUAUAUAAUAGAGAAGUUGUUUUUGCUAUUAAAUAUCAAGUUAGAGUUAGAAUAUUUAAUGAAGAUUUUGUACUUUUGAGAAAGCUUCGUCAAUUAGACCAUGACAAUUUAAACAAAUUCUGUGGGCUUUGUACAGAUGCUCCAAUACUAUAUGGUAUUUGGAAACAUUGCCAAAGAGGCAGUUUAAAGGAUUUAAUCGCCAAAGAACAAUACUUGAGCGAUGCCUUUGUUAUGUUUACUUUGAUGCAGGAUAUAGCUAAUGGUUUAAUAGCUUUACAUCAAUCAUCCAUAGGGGUACAUGGAAUGCUUUCCUCAGAGAAUUGUUUAAUUAAUGAUCGUUGGCAAGUAAAGAUUAGCGAUUUUGGAUUGAAUAUGAUUAGAGAAAGUCAACCAAUGUCAAAAAGAAAAUUAUUGUGGACAGCACCAGAAUUAUUAAGAGAAAAUAAUCGAAAAGGAACAAAAGAAGGAGAUGUUUAUAGUUUUGCUAUAAUUUGUUGUGAAUUAGUUAAUAGAGAAACUGUUUGGAAUGGAGUUGAAAGAGAAGAUGAUGUUGAUGAGAUACUUUACCGACUAAGACGAUCAAAUGUGGCAAUUCCACACCGACCUCAAUUGCAUCCUCGAGAGGAAAUUAAUCAAAAUUUCUUACAUUUGGUUCGUGAUUGUUGGAGUGAAAAUCCUCCUGAACGUCCAAAAAUCGACCAAGUUCGUUCAAUGCUUAAACAAAUGGUCAGCGAUGGUAAUAAAAAUUUAAUGGAUUAUGUUUUUGGAAUGUUAGAGCAAUAUGCAAGUUCUUUAGAACAAGAAGUUGAGGAAAGAACUAGAGAAUUAGUUGAAGAAAAAAGAAAAAGUGAUAUUCUUUUAUAUAGAAUGCUUCCAAAACAAGUUGCUGAAAAAUUAAAAUUGGGGGAAUACGUCGAGCCAGAACAAUUUAUGGCAGCUACAAUCUUCUUUUCUGAUGUUGUUUCAUUCACAACAUUAGCUAGUAAAUGCACACCUCUUCAGGCAAGAUCUCAUUUAGUUUUUGUUCCCAAAUUCUCCCACCCUUCCUUGAAUACCUCAAAGCAGUGUCAUCCUUGUAAUCAUCCUUUAAAUUUACUGAAUGGACUUUACACUUCGUUUGAUGGUAUUAUUGACACUCAUGAUGUUUAUAAAGUUGAAACAAUCGGGGAUGGUUAUUUAGUUUGUUCUGGAAUUCCUCGGAAAAAUGGAAAUGACCAUGCUAAGGCAAUUGCUGAAUUAUCUUUUGCUUUCCUACGUACCGUCUCAACAUUUAGAGUUGAUCAUUUGCCAAAUGAACGUGUUAAUUUACGUAUUGGAAUACAUACUGGACCAGCAGUAGCUGGAGUUGUUGGAUUGGCAAUGCCCCGUUAUUGUUUAUUUGGAGACACUGUAAAUACUGCUAGUAGAAUGGAAUCUAACGGAAGACCUGGACGUAUCCAUAUAUCAACCACAACUAAUCAUUAUUUAACAAACAUAAUUGGAGGAUAUGUAACAGAACCUAGAGGAGAAGUAAUUAUUAAAGGAAAAGGAGUUAUGGAAACAUUUUGGCUACUUGGACAUUCUGGGGAUUCUCAUUACUUUUCAGGUACAGGUGUUGCUAAUGCUGAUCGUGACACUCCAGAACCUAUUUAA